UUUUUUCAAGGAUCUCCUCGGAAAGCGUGGUCGCAGGAAGUCUUGCCUCUGGAAGACGUCUGACUUCCUGGUUCCCGAUCGGCUGGGGCGGUUUGCCAGACAUUGGAAUAAGGCUAAGGGCCGGAGGCACAAGGAUCGGAUGCCUUUUCUGAUGUUUUUAUUUUUAAAAAGGGAAACAUACAAGUGGGUGGUUUGCUCCAGUUUGUUUGGUUUACCGCAAGUCCGGGGGGGUUCUUUCGUGCACCUCGGGGACAGAGGAGGCGUGACGCGCUCUUCGAACCUGGGGGGUUGAGAGAGUCAGUUAAUGUGUGGCUGACUUAUCAGACGCAUAGUGAUCGGGGCAUAAAUAUCUGACAAAUACAAUUAUAUACAUUCAUAUACGCGGACAAAAUACUCUGAAGACAUCCGCUGAAGGAACAAGCGGCUCUCGACUGGGGAAAAUGCAGGCCCAUGGAGCGGGCGUGGUAGGAUGAGGAUCCCGACUUCGCGCUGCAGGGACAUCGAGAGGCAGGCCGGCUUCCUCCAGCCCGAGCAGUGCGCCCCACCCCCUCUGCACGGCCCCCCCGCCGCCAUGUGGUUCAUCAGGGACGGCUGCGGCAUCGUCUGUAGCGUUAUCACCUGGAUGCUGGUCUUCUAUGCCGAGUUCGUGGUGAUUUUUGUCAUGCUGCUGCCCUCAAAGAGCCUGACCUACAGCCUGGUCAACGGGGGCCUCUUCAACGGCCUGGCCUUCCUCGCGCUGGCCUCCCAUUUCAGGGCCAUGUGCACCGACCCGGGCGCCGUGCCGAAGGGGAAUGCCACAAAGGAGUUUAUCGAGAGCCUGCAGCUGAAACCUGGCCAGGUGGUCUACAAGUGUCCCAAGUGCUGUAGCAUCAAGCCAGACAGAGCCCACCACUGCAGUGUCUGUAAGCGGUGCAUACGGAAGAUGGACCACCACUGCCCCUGGGUCAACAACUGCGUGGGCGAGAACAACCAGAAGUACUUUGUACUUUUCACAAUGUACAUCGCUUUGAUCUCUCUGCACUCACUGGUCAUGGUGGCUUUCCACUUCCUCUACUGCUUUGAGGAGGACUGGACUAAGUGUAGUACCUUUUCGCCUCCAGCAACUGUCAUCCUGCUCAUCCUCUUGUGUUUCGAAGGCCUCCUCUUCCUCAUAUUCACAUCCGUGAUGUUUGGGACCCAAGUACAUUCCAUCUGUACUGAUGAAACCGGCAUAGAGCAGUUGAAAAAGGAAGAGAGAAGAUGGACUAAAAAGACUAAGUGGAUGAACAUGAAGGUGGUGUUUGGUCACCCCUUCUCGAUAGGCUGGCUUAGCCCGUUCGCGACACCUGACCACGGGAAGGCCGAUCCGUAUCAGUAUGUGGUCUGAAGGGCAGAGCCAGCUCAGCCAAGCCCACCCCAGUCGCCCGACCCAUACUCAGAUACAGACUCACGAGGGCGCUGUUGAGGGCGAUGCCGACCUGGAUUAUAACCUAGACUCAAACUCUUCUUCUCAUCUUUUUUAAUCUGUGCUUUUAUUUUUUUCUCUGUAAACAAUCGAUGCAGAGUAUUAACCUUUCAAUAUUUUAUUUACUUGUCUGCUUGUUUAUUCUUUGCCUGAAACUGUGUACUGUUGUUAAUUGCAGCACUUCCUCUCUUUCACACUGGUGUCGCUCAAACCCUUGAUUGAAAGGAUGUCAGAGCACAGGCCCUCUCUGAUUGUGACAGCAAUGUGUAAUGUGAUUGUGCGAACGCUCACGAGAACACGGUGAGAUUUCUGCUGACUGGAAGUGUGAUGUCAGAGCCAGAACUGAGAUCCCAAACUUCUUGGCUGGUUGAUUCAAAGCCCGGCUUAUAUGCAUGCUCUUUCUGCUUAUUGGUGGGACUGGUCUGGUCUACUUACGAUUGGGUGUUGUGCUGUCACCAUUUGCCAAUCAGUGUAGUCUGGCUGAUUAGAUUGCAGGGCUUUAUGACCUCCCUUCAAUCUGGGUUUUGAUAUUUGGCCCUACCAUGUGACAUGGCGUGAAGUGCAGCUAAAGCUUUCUUGGUGUGCAUACGUGAACGUGGAUCUGCUCAAUGCAUAGAGUCCUCGUCACAUGACCACCACGAUCUCUUCCUUGGUUUCUGUUCCAGCUUGGACCCCCACUCAUAGAGCCCAUGAAUGAAUGGGUCGUUGCGUAUGCUUUGGCUCUCUGUGCCAGUGACUUGUGCUAAAGUCUGUGAACACACCAGUGUUCUGACCUGUGCAAGCUCCAGUGUGCCACAAAAAUGACACUUAAUGAAGAAUUGAGUUCAAGAAUACCACGAUGAAUCUUGAACUUUUUCCAUAGUUGGGAAAAUACUGAACUCCAUAAGGAGAGCUUGAAUUCAUCAACUGAACAAGUGUUGCCAAUUUUUUUUUGUUUUGUUUUUAUUAGUUAAUUUUCCGAAACGGGAAUUGUGACGUGGUGAGACAGUUUGUGAAUUGUGCCACGUUCGCUUUCAAGUGUAUAGCUGACUCAUCAGCACCUCCUACAGGACUGCCACGGGAUGGCUGCCAGUACAGAAAUGUUCUAUUGUCCUAGGUGGUUUUAUUUGCUCUCUGUUAUAUGGCAAUGUGUCACUUGCAUUAUGUAUAGACAGUAAUCGGCUUGGCAGGGCUCUCGUCACGGGGGGGCACACGCUGCCCCCAAGGAGUUGUGACUGGUGUGAAGGGAACCGUUAUAAUUAAAAUACCUGCCCUGAUUGGCUGGCUUUGUGAAACGAAGAAAACGGGGUGGACAAAUAUUCGUCGGCUUCAUUUUUUUGAAAACAUGCCAACACUUUUCUCCUAGUAGAUUUGUUUUUCUUGUACCAUGGAUGUUUUUUCCACUUCCAGCUGGAAAAGGAAAUGCUUAGCGCCUUCCUACGCAGGCUUGGAGUCCAGCGCUCUCAUAAGGGAAUUCCGUUCAGGAGCGAGGUUUAAAUACAAUAUACUCAUCCGGAAGUCUCUCCGAGGCUAGCAUAUUGUGCCAUUUGCUGCCUUUCACUUUGAAAGAAAAUGCAAUAAACUUCUUUUUUCAGCCCUGUCUCCUUCCAUCCUUUCCCAGCAAUUCCCUGACUGAGUCUCUGCUUCUCAGUGUGCAUUUUAGCUCCACUAAUUGUUUCAUCUCCAGUACGACAGGUGCACCUCCACGUCAUCGUAACCGUAACCGUUACAUUAACCUGCUCUCUUCCUCCCUUUGUCAGUUAUUAAAGUAAUAGCUUGUCACCCCUCCCUCCCUUUUAAAGUGACACUAUCAGUCGUUGCUGCGUCCUUGCUAAAGCACAGUAGCUCCAGUGAUUAACCCCAAUGUGGUAAGAUGCAGAAGGUAAGAUCCAGCAUAAGUAGUGGAAAUGCUACAAUGUAGCUGCAUUUAGCUAUAGCUGGGUAGAUAUUUGUCCGAUUUUAAGAAUCCCGCUGUUUCAGUAUAUGAUGCCCGCAUGCUAGUGGAAUGUUCUAGAACGAGAGAUGACAGGCAUGUUGCAUGGAUUGCCAUGUUUUCGAAGUAGAACAGUAGGCUGCAGAAUAUUGCAGUGUUGCUUAGAGGUUAGCAAAAGGUCACGUUUUUGCACAUCAUUCUAUUUUUACCUGCAUGCAAUUUUUUUUUUCCAAGCAGGAUAGCAACUCCUUACCUCCCCUUACAGUAUAAUUUCCUUUUACCCAAGUAUCCUUUGUAAUAACUGCCUAUGGGGUCUGUGGAAUUGUAGGAUUUGCUAAAUGUUUCUGCAUUGUAUCAAGGGAAAUAAUUUGGAAUAUUUUGAAAGCAGUUUGAAAUGUAAUUAUGUCUCAAGUUAUCACCUUUAUAAAACAAAAAAACUGUAUGUAAAUUAAACAUGAUUACAAAUGGCUGUA